AUGACGUCAUAUGCGUACGGAGAAAGCAAUAAUGCGAAUGAGAAGGAGGUGCAGUGUGAUUUGCUCACUGAGAAUGGCGGACUCGAUAUCGAUCCGACCAGAUUGUCCUACAGGUUGAGACUUUUAAAACGAUUCAUGAACAUUUUGUUUUAGGGAGAGAAUUCGAUGGCAUUUGCAACAAUUCUGCUACAAAACUUCUAGCCAUGGUAUUCCGAUGCUCGGACAAGCUCCCAACAGUCUAUACAGGUAAAUACUAUCGUGUAACUUCAAAAAACGUUUGCUCUCAGAGCUGUGUGGGUGUUUCUCCUGCUUAUUUGUGCGAUUCAAUUUAUAAAUCAAGCUGUGGCCGUCAUUCAAAAGUAUCAGAAAAUGGAUAAAAUUACUGAUAUCCAAUUGAAAUUUGAUACAGGUUAGGUGUACUUUAGCCUUUCCAAUUAACAUUGGUUUCUUUUCAGCUCCAUUCCCUGCUAUCACUCUAUGUAACUUGAAUCCCUAUAAAGACAGUUUGAUCCGAUCACAUGAGAGUAUUAGUAAAAUUGUAAGUUCCUUUUCGGUUUUUGUACUCAUUGUCCUGAUCCUGAUGGUUUUAGCUCGGUGUCUUCAAAAGUGUCAUGAAGAAAGCGGGCGAUAGCAGCACCGAAGUAGCGGCAGAAGGAGAGGGUGACUAUGAUAUGGAUGGAAUAACUAUCCAAGCGAGACGAAAAAGACGUGGCGCCGGCGAGAAGGGAACCUUUGAACCGGCGAACUCUGCAUGCGAGUGUGACGAGGAGGAUGGAUCCAAUGAAUGCGAAGAGAGGUCCACUGAAAAGCCGUCGACUGAUAAUGACAUGUGUAUUUGUGCAUUCGAUCGUCAGACCAAUGAUGCGUGGCCGUGUCAUCGACGAGUAAGUCUUCUUCUUCCGUGUUGCAACCCAACCAACCAACCAACGACCCGCCUUCUUCAUUUUUGCAAAACUAUAUGCCGGCUAAAAACGUCACCCACACACACCAGAUUUUUUUUAGGAGCAGUGGACGAAUACUACAUGCCAAACAUGUGAUGAGCAUUAUUUAUGCAGCAAAAAGGCCAAGAAAGGUAGAGAGGGGGCUUGGUUUCCGUGUUUCCUGGUCCGCGGACAAAGAAUGAGCAGAGUAUAGGAAGCUGAAUUUUAGGGACCAAAAGAUCGGAAAUCAAGAAAGAGCCGUGCAUUUGCGAAAGCAAGGGACUUUUUUGUAUAAAACAUGAGCAUGUGAGUUCAAUCGAGUACCGGAGAACUUAAUGAUGAUCUUCGUUUGUAGGCCGCGUUGGUCCUUAAUCUCUGGGAGUAUUUCGGCGACGCCGAGGAUUUAACAGACAUUACAUCGGAAGAACGCGAGGCAUUGGGUUUUGGUGUACGGAUUGAUUCCCGUCUGACCUUUGUCUGAUAUUUUGCCAUUCAGAAUAUGACCGAUGAAGUUGCCAUUGUGACCAAGGCCAAAGAGAACAUUAUUUUUGCGAUGAGCGCGUUGUCGGAAGAGCAAAGGCAAGAAACGGGGACCAACCAGCUUAUUUAACUUUGUUGUGAAUUCCAGAAUUUUGAUGUCACAAGCAAAACACAAUUUGAUACACAAAUGCUCGUUCAAUGGAAAACCGUGUGACAUUGACAAGUUUGUUCUCGUUCCGCACAGUUCUACGGUCAUUAUCGGUUCAGAGACUUUGAAUUGGUCGCCGAUCCGACCUUUGGUAAUUGUUUUGUCUUCAACCAUGAUAGAUCGAUUCACAAAGCAUCUCUGAGAGCCGGGCCGCAGUACGGUAUGUGAAAGUCUAUUGUGAAUCUACAACAUAACUGUCCAGGACUCCGUGUGAUGCUGUUCGUGAACGCUAGUGACUAUCUGCCAACAUCUGAAGCGGUCGGUAUCCGACUGACCAUCCAUGACAAAGAGGAUUUCCCAUUCCCGGACACUUUCGGCUACUCGGCGCCAACUGGUUACAUCUCUUCAUUCGGCAUGCGCAUGGUAAGUUAACUUGAACCAAGUCCGCUAUUGCUAUUGUCCUUUUGCCAGAAAAUGAUGAGCAGAUUACCGGCGCCGUAUGGAGAUUGUGUUGAGGACGGCGCGACAUCAAACUACAUCUACAAAGGCUAUGCUUAUUCGACAGAAGUAUGUACCUUAAUUUCUUCAAAGAAGCACGUAAUCGAAACACUCAGAACACACUGAUAUUUAAUCAAAUUCAUAAAUGAUCAUACUGAAUACAAAAGUGAUGAGAGCUUGGGAAAAUAUGAAUAAAAUAAUUUCAGGGUUGCUAUCGUACUUGUUUUCAAGAGUUGAUCAUCGACCGCUGCGGAUGCAGUGAUCCACGAUUUCCGACGAUUGGGGGUGUUCAACCGUGUCAAGUGUUCAACAAAAACCAUCGAGAGUGUCUUGAGAAACACACUCAUGAGAUCGGAGAGAUUCACGGGUCGUUCAAGUGUCGGUAGGACAACGUCACACUGUUUUCUUCAAUUUCAGCUUAUUUCCCUCAUGUCUCUUUCCAGAUGCCAACAGCCGUGUAAUCAAACAAUUUACACCACAUCCUACUCGGAAGCCAUUUGGCCGUCACAAGCACUGAAUAUUUCAUUAGGCCAUUGUGAAAAGGAAGCAGAGGAGUGUAAUGAGGAGUACAAGUCAGUUUGCGACCAACUUGAACUUUCGAACUUGAACUCGACACUUAUCUUUUAGGGAAAACGCGGCUAUGUUGGAGGUGUUUUACGAAGCACUCAACUUUGAAGUUUUGACCGAGUCUGAAGCUUAUGGGGUACGUUUCUUUCAAUUUGUGGGCAUUAUAGGGUCUUGUCAGGUUCGAUAGAUAGCUUCAAUUAGCUUUCAACCCGGUCUGGGCAGAAGGUCGGUCCAGAAUUCUUGAAGACCUGAUUAUCUGGUCUGGAAAUGUGUGGAUAUAAAGCCGACAAGGCUAACACAAUUAUUCAGAAACUCCAAAGCACAUUCUGAAGGAUCCCGACGUUUCACAACAAACGUGAACUUUUUAGCGAUAAAUUGCACUAUUCAAGGUUCACAUGGAUAUCGAGACGUCACGGUUUCGGAACGUCGAGGUCCCCUUCUGAAUCUUACUGACUAAGAAUGGUUUUCCAUAAUUUAGAAACGCUGAAACGAAUUCAAUGAUUUUUCGUAAAAAGUUGGGAGAUUACAAAACGUUUUUAGAUUGUCAAGAUGAUGGCUGACUUCGGAGGACAUCUCGGUCUCUGGUCAGGCGUUUCAGUCAUGACCUGCUGCGAAUUUGUGUGUCUAGCCCUCGAGCUGAUCUACAUGGCACUAACGCAUCACUUCAACCAACAGAGACUCAAACGGAAAGAACAAGCGGCUAACCAGUACUGA